AGGGCAGGCCGGCGCGCGCGAGCGCGCGCGACCCAGCGACUUCCUUCCGGCCUGCUCUCCUCCAACUUGACUGACUCCAACCACAACACAACUGGGUCGAUUUGCGCGUUGUUGUCCCCCGAUGAGCAAAACAUUGCCUGAAACCUGAACGGUCAUGACUGAGCAGGAGCAGCGCACGUUCACGGAAAGACUGGAAGCGGCACUCUCUUGGAUGAAGGCUGCCCAGGAGAGGCUGAGGGCAAACGAUAACACCCAAGGGCCCCGCAAUGCUCUUGAAGCCAGACUCAGAGAGACCGAGAAAAUUCACCAAUCAGAGCACGAUGGUCGUGUGAAGAUGGAGAUGGCGCUGGUCGCAGCGGAGCAUCUUCUGGAGACGGGGGAGGAAGGCGUGAAGAGCCACAUCCACGCUAAGCUCAAAGAAUUAAAAAGUUGUUGGGAGGAAACGUGCACCUACAUCAUUCACUGCCACAGUCGGAUCGAGUGGGUGUGGCUCCAUUGGAGCGAGUAUUUGAAGGCCCUCCGGGAGUUUGAGUCGUGGCUAGCCAAGCAGCAGUGCCACUUGGAUGUCGGCGUGCCCUUGCAAGUGGGAUUGAAGGAAAAGCUGUGGCAAGCGGACCAACAGAGAGUGGCGCUGAGCGACGUCCACGGCCAGGCAGCUCUGAUCAAGAGGCUGCUGGACGAAGCCGCCGUGCUGCACGACAGAACCCGAGACCCCAGCGUGGACUCCCGAGCUCGGGAGGGACUGCAGCAGGCGUACGACGACCUCAAGGACAAGGUGGAGGAUCGCCUAGCGCUGCUUCAGGGGAUGGCCGAGGAGCACCGGACUUACCGAGGCAGUGUUGAGCGCUUUCAGUCAUGGCUGCUGUCCAAGACCAAGGAGCUGACAGAUCUUAUGGAGAAAGAGGACACGUCAGAGAACAAGAUCCAAGCUUUAAAAGCCCUGGACGACAUGGUAGCCAGUGAGGAAAAAACUCUGCAGCAUAUAGAGGCUGCGGCUGAAGGCGUCAGAGUCCAGACGUGCCCCGCUGGAGCGGAGCUGGUUGUAGACGAGGCUGAAGAGCUCAGGCUUGGUUGGCAGAGACUGAGACAAGGCCUGUGUGAGGUUGAGGAGGGUCUGCGCUCCACAUUGGAUACGCACGGCGACUACACGGCAAGAUGCAGGCGACUGCAAGACGACGUGGGAAGCCUCCGGACACGACUCCGGGAGCUCGAGCGGGAACUGGAGGACCCUCGUGGGGCUGAGUUUAGCGAAGCGCAGAUGAUGGACCAGUGGAGAAGAUACACGGACGUGAGAGAGGCUCUGGCGGCGGAGGAGUCCCAAGUGGAACGUCUAAAGUCGCAGCUCAAGGAGCUGUUCGGGUUCUCGGAGGACUCCCGUCACAUUUCCGACGAUGUCCUCGCUGUGGUCAGAGAACAUCAGAGCGUGAAAUGCAAAGCGGCCAAAUUGUGCUCUGAGUCAGAGUGCAGCUUGAGAAAGACGCUGGAGGACACCCUGCUUUUCUUUGCGCGCUGGAGAGAUAUGGUCUCUCAGGUUUUGGAGGCAUCUGCUGAGGUCACAGACUUGUCACACAUUCUUCAACUGCUCCAGAAUAUUGAGCGGCUGGUGAAGGACAGUAUCCAGCUGCAGGAGCGUUUGAAUCAGCUCCAAACGAGGGGGGACCGGCUCCAAUCUCUGUUUGAUCCCAAACGUUCCGAUGCUCUGCGCAGUGAGCUGAGUUCUGCGACGAGGAACAGAGAACUACUGCACGAUCAGCUUAUACAGAGAAAGGGAAGACUGGAGGCUUUCAUCUCAAGCACAAAGGACUUUGAAGAGGCCUCCGUUGUGAUUGGCUCCAAGUUGAGCAGUCUCAGAGAUGCAAUGAUGGCAACCGUUGGGCUCCAGCCUGACAUCCUGGCAAAGAAAAGUCAGUCCCAGCAGUUCAGGGUGAUCCAAAAGGAGCUAGAAGACUGCGAAGCCCACAUCACAGCUCUGGAAACGCUCGUAUCGUCCUGUCCGAGCAAACACUCUCGCUUUGAAAAGCUCUAUCGCGACUGGAAAUACCUGAACGAGACAAUUGAGGCGAAUCUGCACAAGUGUGAGGAGAAUAUCGGCCAUCAUGCAAAUUUCCACGAGCGUUUCCUAAACCUGGAGAAAUGGUUGACUAUCGCCAAGCAGAAGCUGGAGUCCUUCAAGAGCCCUACGGGAGAGUGGAGCAUAGAAAAGCGCCAGCAUGAGGCCCAGAAAACACUUGGAGAGUUUCCGGAGAAGGAGAUCCAGCUUCACCAGUUGGAGAUGCAGGCUCAGACGCUUUUAAAAAGGACCUCGGAGGAAGGAAGAGUCCACAUUGAGGGAGAUAUGACACGCCUUCAAGGUUUAUGGUUGGCCUUGUAUACCACCAGUCUCAAUAUUCACAGGCUGGUGAAUGGUUCCAUAAAUAAGGUGGACAGCGGAUGCUUUGGUCAAACUGAAGACUUAGCCGUACUGCCUGGACUACAGCAGGAUAAUCCUCUCAAAGUAUCAGGAAAAGGGAUGGGCAGCCACACUUUCUGUGCUGGAGAUGGAGAGGAUUUGUCCAUGUUGAGUCAAGCAGGUCAUCAUCAUCAGCAGCAGCAUCAUCAUCAUCAUCAUCAGCAUCAGCAGCCUCUUGCUGAAGACUCUACAGUGGAUACAAAUGUUAACAGUGACGCAGCAAGCAGAGGAGCACUUUGGCCUGCUAGUGAUGAGGAAAGCCCAGAAGAAAAGGCUCCGACCAUGGAGAGCCUGGGCCAAGGUGAAGGAGCUUUCAGGCUUUUCACACAGCCUCCAACCAAGCAGCAAGCCAGCACAAUGAUGGAUGAAGUGGAAUUUGAGUACAAAAGGACAGAGUUUGAGGCUUGGCUCUGCAAAGAGAAUGAGCUGCUUUCAGGGAUCCUUAACAGCAAGGGAGCGACACUAAAGGGCAACCAACUCAAGAUACAACAGGAAACAUUAAACGCCCUGAGGUCAAGGGUAACCUGGGGUCAGGAGCACUUCCAACUUUUACUUCAAGGAAGUGCAAUGAGUAAGAGUGGAUCAGGUUCAGCAGCAGACGCAAGUCUAGAAGAACUUCGUUACCGCUGGAUGCUCUACAAGUCCAAGCUAAAGGCUGUUGUUGUCCCCCAGGCUAGGCUGGGCUCCAAGAAAAUCACCCACAAAUUGGGGAAACCUGCCACUGGAGCAACGCUAUAUAAGAAACCUGGCUUGCUGCAGCGGGUGUGUCGACUGGCUCUUCCUCUCUGGCUCCUCUUCCUGGCUUUACUGCUGCUGGCCUUUCUCCUGCCCCUUGUGGACAAAGGCGAAAGCUGCUCCAUCUCCAACAACUUUGCAAGAUCUUUCAGUGUUAUGCUGCGCUACUCUGGACCACCGCCUACAUAGACGCAACCCAUCGCACUUUCACAUUCUUGUCUCACAGCUCCAGUUCCAAGAGAUCCAAAACCAUAUUUUAAUGAACAUUUGAAAAGCAUAUUAUGUUCACUAUUUACACACAUAUCAGCCAAAUGCCUUAUACAGUUGCUACUUGUUAGCCAACAAUAAAGUUGCUAAUGUUAACCAUAUAAAAUAAAAUACUGUUCAAUCCUCA